AUGACGGACUCAAAAUCUUUCUCCUUCAAGCUCCCCCUAAAAUCUAUGCGCCGUGAGACCACCGAGUUCAAGAGCGAUGAAGCUGCUUGCGAAGAACAAUUACAAGCCUCUCUUCUCGAGUCUAUCACGUCCGCCUUGGAGACUAAACAUCCGAUACUAACUCACCUAAAUGCCGAUACCACCUGGUUACUCUCCUUACCUUAUCCCAAUACGAAAGGUAAUGGGGGACGAACGUAUUUUCACAUCCUCAUCGACCCAUGGCUGAAAGGGGGACAAUCCGAUGUUGCAGGGUGGUUUUCCCAGCAGUGGCACGUAGAGAAAAGCUACGUUGAGGACUACACGGAACUUACAAGUCUGGUCGCUGAGCUCGAGAUGGCCGCUCAAUCCGGUCGAGCUGGGGAGACGACGAAACGAGGAGUCGAUUUGGUGGUUGUAAGUCACGAGUUUACAGACCACAUGCAUAAAGACACAUUGUUAGAUAUUGACCCCAAGGUGCCUGUGAUGGCGACGUCCAAAGCAGCAGGCAUCAUACGAGGAUGGAAGCACUUCGCCAACGUCGUUGAUAUCGACAGGUUUGACGGCGAUUGGCGUUCAAACAGUCUCGCAAAACUCAGUAUCGGCGAUCAACAAGACUGGUUAGGCGUAAGCCGCGUCGCCUACGCCGGUUCAGAUUUGCUUUACUAUCACUCCGCAGUCAUGAUCACCUUCUCCCCAUCCCCCACCGCUUCAGCCCAGGGAAUCAUAUACACCCCCCACGGCAUAUCCCCCGAGAACCUCUCCCCCGUAGCCUCAGCGGACCCGAAAAUCGAAACCCUGGCGCUGCUCCACGGCCUGCAAGAUAUUGCGCUCCCGAUGGGCGCGCAGCUGAAUCGCGGCGCGCAUAAUGGGCUCAAGGUCCAGCGCAUGUUGGGGAGCAAGUACUGGGUCGGCACGCAUGAUGAGGUGAAGCGCGGGGGUGGGGUCGUGAGUUGGUUUUUGAGGAGGAAGAGGAUUACGUUGAGGGAGGCGAUGGAACGGGAGGUUAGGGGGGAGGAUGGGGAGGGGAGUGUUGGGAAGGAGCUUGGGGAGGUGAGGUUUGUGGAUUUGCGAGUGGGGGAGAGCUUGGUUCUUGAGUGA